AUGUGCAAGAGUGGUGUCACACAGGACGACUACACUGGCAUGGAUCUGUGCCUUGCCGCUGGAAAUGACGGCGGCGAACCAAGUACUGACCAUAACUCCUAUACUCUUGGGAGGGUUAGUGGUCACAAUGUGGUCGUGGCUUGCCUCCCCUCAGGUGUUUCCGGAACUACAUCUGCUGCAAUUAUGCUGGCCCACAUGCUUCCAACAUUCCCUUCUCUACGAUUCGGUUUGAUGGUGGGAAUCGGGGGUGCUGUACCCAGCAAAACUGCAGAUAUCCGCCUUGGUGAUGUGGUCAUUAGCAUGCCAACUGCAAACUCUGGGGACGUGACACAAUACGACUAUGGAAAGAAAAUUCGUGACGGAGUUUUUAAGCGCACAGGCUCACUCAACAAGCCGCUUCAAUAUUGGCAGUAUCCCAAAUACGCAGUGACUCCAUAA